UGUCUCCCUGCCGCCAUGGUCGUGCUGGGGCUACAGGCUCUCCUGUGUCUCCACAGUUACCCAGGACUGCUGAUCAUCCCGCAGAGCAUCCAGGACAACACAGUUCAGCGGAUCUCGCGCUGCUACCGCCAGAACCGCUUCCCUGUGGUCUGCUGGCGGAACUCGCGCACAAAAGCAGUGCUGCUCCGAUCGGGUGGCUUGCACGGAAAAGGCGUGGUGGGUCUCUUCAAGUCCCAGAAUGCUCCUGCCACAGGCCCCUCUCAGGCAGAUUCGACGAGUCUGGAGCAAGAAAAAUACCUACAAGCCAUCAUCAAUUCCAUGCCCCAUUACGCAGAUGCUGGUGGCCGCAACACUCUCAGUGGCGGCUUCAGCUCUGCCCACAUGAGCAACUCAGAUUCUUCUGAGAAGCGACAGCCCAAGCUGGGAUCUCUUAUGAAGCAGGUGAUGGGAGGGAGAGACGAAGGGCCCGGGCCGGUUAGCCGUGGAGCCCUAGGUCACAGAACUAGGGUAAUUACCUUCUCCAGCCCCAAGAGUGCAGCAUCAAGGAAACCUGACUCCCCCCGAGGCAAAUGGGGCAGCAUCCGAGCCAGUGGCCGCUUGAGCAGCUAUGCUCUCAACAUAGAGAUCGGGUCCCGCCUAGCUGGGAAAGAACUCGGCAUGCAGCCCAAUGGUUCUCCCUCUGAAGCCAGAUUCCUGCGCCAGCUCUACAUAAUUGGAGACAAAUCCCAGCUGCGGGGAAUAAAGCCUGACCCUUUGCAGCACUGGGAAAUGGUGCCCAUUGAGGUGUUUGAUGCACGGCAGGUCAAGACAAGCUUCAAGAAGCUGAUGAAGGCCUGUGUCCCUAGCAACCCUUCCCCAGAGGCUGGCCUGACCUACUUGCGUUCCUUGGAGGAGUCUGAAUGGCUGAUACAGAUUCAUAAGAUCCUGCAGAUCUCAGUGCUUGUGGUGGAACUGCUGGACACGGGCUCCUCAGUGUUGGUCAGCCUAGAGGAUGGCUGGGACAUCACCACUCAGGUGGUCUCUCUCGUGCAACUGCUCUCAGACCCCUAUUACCGCACCAUGGAAGGCUUCCGGCUUCUGGUGGAGAAAGAAUGGCUAUCCUUUGGGCACCGCUUCGGUCAUCGAGGGGCACAAACCUUGGCCAGCCAGAGCAGUGGCUUUACGCCCAUCUUCCUGCAGUUUCUGGACUGUGUCCAUCAGAUUCACACCCAGUUCCCCAUGGAGUUUGAGUUCAGCCAGUACUACCUGAAGUUUCUCAGCUACCACUAUGUGUCCAAUCGCUUCCGCACGUUCCUCCUAGAUUCUGACUAUGAGCGAUUGGAGCUGGGUCUCCUGUACGAAGAGAAAGGGGAGCGGAAAGGCGCUCAGCUCUACCGAUCCAUUUGGGACUACAUGGACCGGCUGAACAAGAAGACGCCAAUCUUCUUCAACUACCUGUAUGCGCCUGAGGAUGGUGAGGUCCUGCGCCCAUACAGCAACAUUUCCAGCCUGAAGGUGUGGGAUUAUUACACACAAGAGGCUCUGUCUGAGGGACCCUCCUAUGACUGGGAGCUGGUGCAGGGUCAGGUGGAGCUCAGUGAGGAAGCUGGCCAGCAGGACACCAGCACCCCUCAAAGCCGUCGCAAGAUCGUUUGGCCCUGUUACGACAACUGCCGCCGGAUAGAACCCGAUGCCAUCUCGCGGCUACUGGAGGAGGUACAGAACCUGGAGAUGGAGCUGGGGCAGGUCCCAGAACGCUGGAAGGAGACCUGGGACAAAGUGAAAGCUUUCCAACAAUCGGAGGGCCCUGCGGUGGACACUGGCAGUAAAACAGCACCCAGUUCUCUCUUGAUGGCCUCAAGUCUGUCACAUCAACGGCGCUCGCUUGGCGUCUACCUGCAGGAGGCAGGCAGCGGUAGCUCCACAUUGAACCUCAGCCUGGACAGCGAGAGCAGCAGCACAUCUACCCCAUCUAGUGGGAAGCAAGGUGGCCGUAAGAGCACCAGCACACUCUAUAGUCAGUUCCAGACAGCGGAGAGUGAGAAUCGUUCCUAUGAGGGCUCCCUUUACAAGAAAGGGGCCUUCAUGAAGCCCUGGAAGCUACGCUGGUUUGUGCUGGAUAAAACGAAGCAUCAGCUGCGAUACUAUGACAGCAACCUGGACACAGAGUGCAAAGGGGUGAUCGACCUGGCUGAAGUGGAGUCCAUCAUGCCAGGCACCCCCACCAUGGGAGCCCCCAAGAUGGUGGAUGAAAAAGCUUUCUUUGAUGUCAAGACAAUAAAGCGGGUUUACAAUUUCUGCGCCCAGGAUGUGCAGCUGGCUCAGCAGUGGGUCGAUCGCAUCCAGAGCUGCUUGUCUGAUGCCUGAGGGGUCCUUCUGGGUCUCGGUGGUCAUGCCUGGCCUGGGGCAGCACAGGUCUAAAGGAGGUGUUUGUUGCCCAGGAGGGAGGCCCCAGCCUGGCUUUGCCAUGCGCAGUUUGCAGGGAAAGUCGUGGACUGCCUCUUCCACCUCGCUAACAGGAGAGGCCGUAACGAGUCAGGCUUGGGGGGGGAUUCCCGGGAGGGAUGAAUCUGGCCCACCUUCUCCAGACGUUGGCAGAGCCAUCGAACUUCCAUGCGGCUGCUUCCAGAGCAACUCUGGCUGGCCAAGAAUGGUCUCUGCUCUGUCAGGGAAGCUGGCAGAGGGUCUGGCUGCUUGCAGAGGUGGCAGCAGAGUGCCGCAAGGCACGUUGGCACCGUUAGCCGCCACCACCCCUUCCCAUCUGCGGGAUGGAAGUCCUGAUGUCGGGACAUCGGAAGGCACAAGGAAGGGUGUGGGGCCUGCGCCCUGCCACUUAAUGCUGCUGCUGAUGAAUGGAGUGGGCUGUUACUGGUUGAAGGCUCAGUCAGGUGGCAGAGGAGACGUUUGUUUGUGACACCCAUUGGUCCUUGCUCACUUCCCAACCCUUGCUUCUCCCCCAGCAUCAUCAGGGCUAGCCCUGGAGUGCAAUGCAGCUAAUGGCCCCGCCCCAACUUGUGUCCUAGCCUGGCAUCCCAGAGCAAAUCGUGUAACUUGAUCUCUACUCCCUGCGCCCCAGACCCCCAGACUACAGCCAUCUUCCACGGGAGCCUGAGUCUGGUCUGAUGCUCGCCAUUCCCUUCUCCCUUUGAACAAAAGAAGGAGAAUGGUGAAGCCCCUAGACCCUGUACAUAGUCUGGAGCCCCCAUCCCCCUUCCCCACUUUUUUUAUUGGUACCAUAAAGGCCGUGGCUGGUGUGAAUUUGGGGGUUUUUGUAACUUCUUGAGCAGUUGUAGAUUAUUGAAGUUUCUGUACAUUGUGUCAAACCUACAGAGUUCUUGUAUUGUAUUGUGCUUAGAGGAAAAAAUAUAUAUAUGAAGAGAAAAAAAACUAAUGGAAUUUAAUAAAAAAAAACACGUCA